AUGAGCGCGGAACGCCCUGUCGCCGUAUCGCGUCUGGAGCUGCUAGGAGUACGAGUUUGCGAGCGAUUGGAUGAGAGCAUACAACUGUUGCUGCUGUUCCGAGCACAUACGGCUGCCGCUGCGGCCGAAACGUCACCGUUUGCAAUGCUGCCGAUGCCUGGUUCAGAUGGCGUAGCUUCCCGGAAACGGCCAAUGGGGAUGCCACCGUUGUAG